AUGACAUCACCUGAAUUGAAAUUUGGUCCUUGUGAAAAAAUUGCCCUAGCUACAUACUGGACCAUACAAAGACUGAGAUAUCUUCUCAGCGGUCAGCACAUUGUGAUUCGUUCACAUCAUAAUCCCCUGCUUUUGCUGAAAAAACAUAAUUUGGCUUUAAGUGACAUUCGUAAUGAACGUGUGGUGAGAUGGAUGACUACGCUGCUCACUGAACACAUUACAGUGGAACCGUUAAAGGAACCCUCUGUACAUGUGUUGGGUGUUCUUAUUCAAGGUCAGGAUCAUGUAUGUCAUCCUAUGAUUGCUCCUAAAGCACAUUCUGUUUUCAAAGAGGGCAGCCCUGCUGAUGUGGGAAAUAACCCUGUUUGGGACAUUGAUGCUAGUUCAUCAGUCAUCGAUGGUAAGCGCAUGACAGGUUUUGCAGGUGUACUUCUUGAAGGUAGAACGAUUCUUGAUUUGUUUCAGUAUGCUUGUAACAAUGCAGGAGCACAGUUUGCUGAAUUAGCUGCACUACUAACUUUGAUCCGAGACAAAAUUGGGAAAGGUGGUACACUCUUUGUAGUCACUGACUAUGUAUGUUUUCAGAGGAGCUUUGAUUCUUCUUACGUUUUAGGUCAACAAUACAUGGCAGUCCACUGA